CCAGUAAAUUUCAGAGCUGACGUGUCUUUUCAGUUUGUGUGUUGUUUUCUUUCUGCUUCAGCAUCUUAUUGUUCAAAUAGAUCUGUUUUAUUGUUUUGCUGUGCUUAUAAUGGAUCUACGGGCUAUAAUUUUGUCCUCGUUCUUGCUGUUCUCAACUGUCCAAGGACUUAUGUUUGAAUUGCAACCAAAUGGCAGAAAAUGCUUAAGAGAAGAAGUGCAAAAAGAUGUUCUUGUCACAGGAGAGUACGAAGUUUCCGAGGUUCCUGGCCAAAGAACAGAUGUGAAAGUCACAGAUAUCAAAGGACACACCUUAGUUAGUCAUGAAGACAAAAGUAAAGGAAAAUUUGCAUUUACAACUGAUGAUUAUGAAGUUUAUGAAAUUUGUUUUGUGUCAAAGGUUCCUCCAAAUCUGAGAGGGCAAAAACAUGAGGUGGAGGUCACCAUCAAAAUGGGACUUGAAGCCAAAAAUUAUGAAACUUUGGGAGAAGCUGCAAGGUUAAAACCUCUUGAAGUUGAAUUGAAAAGAUUAGAAGACUUAUCAGAAGCUAUUGUCCAGGAUUUUGCAUAUAUGAGGCAACGAGAAGAAGAGAUGAGGGAUACAAAUGAGUCUACCAAUUCCAGAGUGUUGUAUUUCAGUGUCUUCAGCAUGCUGUGUCUGGUUGCCUUGGCUACAUGGCAGGUGCUGUACCUGCGUCGCUUUUUCAAAGCCAAAAAAUUAAUCGAAUAAAGUUAUUCCAGUAAGUGUUUGACAAUAAAGAUGCCAGCGAAACCGAACAGCUGUUCAAGCAAAUUAACUCGUCCUGGUGUCAAUGGUUGUGUGUAAUAACAGAAAAAGAAAAUUUGCUCCAA